AAUGCUGCUUAUUGCACCGUUUGUUUCCAAGUUCAUUGUGAACAUAAAACGGAGGAUAGGCAGAAAAUGUGUCACCUGCCAGGGGUCGGCAUCUUCCGAUGCCGACGGUCGCUGUCUUCGUCUGGUUUCAUUGCUCAGCAGUUCACCACGAAAAUGGACGACGAGACACUGCGAAGAUUUGCGAACCAACUGCGAAAGACUGCCUCUGGAGGUCCUCGUCCACCUGCAGGAUUUUUUGCUGGGACAGGCCUCCUUGUUGCCGUCGUCGCGGGUGGUUUCGCGCUGAACGCCAGUUUGUUCAACGUCGAUGGUGGUCACAGAGCGAUCAAAUAUACUCGGUUACACGGUAUUACAGAAGAGAUCUAUCCGGAAGGGACUCACUUGAUGGUAUUCACUUGGAGCCCUAUUUUUGUAUCCAACCUGCUGACCUUUUGCAGAUUCCCUGGUUUGAAAAGCCGAUUCUUUUCGACAUCCGUGCAAAGCCGCGGAGCAUACCCAGUUUGACGGGCACAAAAGACUUGCAAAUGGUUAACAUCACUUGUCGUGUCCUCUCACGACCCUCAAUACAAGAUCUGCCCAAAAUAUAUCGACAGCUUGGCAACGAUUACGAUGAGAGAGUAUUGCCGUCCAUCGUCAAUGAAGUCUUGAAGAGUGUUGUUGCCCAGUUCAAUGCUAGUCAGCUAAUUACCCAGCGAGAAAACGUGCGUGUUGCCUUGCUUAUCCUUGUCCACUUGGUCAACGUCGAUCAGGUUUCUCGACUUGUGCGAGAGCACUUGACAGAGCGGGCGACCAAAUUUAAUCUUAUCCUUGACGAUGUUUCCAUCACACAUGUCGCAUUCUCGCCUGAAUUUACGCACGCCGUGGAAGCAAAGCAGGUUGCGCAACAAACUGCAUUGAGAGCAGCUUUCCAAGUCGACCAAGCUGUCCAAGAAAAAGAGUCCAUCAUUGUUCGAGCGAGCGGAGAGGCUCAGAGUGCCGAACUCCUUGGAGAAGCCAUGCGACAGAACAAGGGGUUCCUCGAACUUCGUCGGCUAGACGCCGCACGGAGCAUUGCAGAGGUGUUGGCAUCGUCUGGAAACAGGGUGUUGUUGGACUCCAAGUCACUCCUACUUAACGUGACUGAGGACAUGAAGGACUUGAUGUCACCAAAGAAGUAAUACAACAUAGCAGUUAUUCUUAUCCUCAUACGCAAUUCUCAAUGCAAUCAAAUCCUCCCUCUACCUAACAUGCAUAAUUCCUUCCUUCCUUCCUUCCCUUCCUUCCACAUCUAUAUCGCCCAGGGUCUAGGCUGAGAGCUUUGACAUUGCCACGGUGCGUCUGGGGUCCGUUCUUCCACUGUUCGAGAGCUUUUUUUUACCUCUCGACGACCUGAAGAGGCCGCUGUUUCUGGAACGGACGUUGAUAAAUAUGAUCUUUUUCCGUUCGCCGGAAA